AGAGACGGUUAUAUGGUGUGUCUAUUUUGUGUAGUUGCUUAUUUGUAUCAAUGUAUUCGAGUUCUGAAUGGAGAAUUAGAGCACAGAAGUUCUAUAAUUGAUGCACUGAAACUAUCUCAGGAGGAGUUAGUUAUGGAAACAGAACAAGAAAAAUUCAAACUUGAGGAACUCCGAACUAAAAUAUCUACCAUCACACUUGAUAAUCUAGAACUACGAGAAAAUAUUUUUUCAAAUAAUUUUGACAUCAAAUCAUUCGAUGAAACGUUUGAAGACAUGCGAAAUAAUUUAUUGUCUUUACAAAACAAAGUAGAAUUUGAUAGAGUUAAUAAUAUGGCUAUAAGGAGACAAAUCGACAAAUCCAUAAUAAAAACUAAAAUCGAAAAUAUAAAAAAAAUGGAAGACUUGAAUGCAACAAUUGCAAGAAUUCAAACUGAAGCGAUUGCUAAGGCAAUAGAGGACAAUAAUUUACAAACGGACAAGAAAAUUUCAGAAUUUAAAACCGAAAUUUUGAGAGAACUGAAAGAUGCAGUCACAUCCCUUGAACCUUAUUUUUAUAAGUUCAAAGUCGAAAUUGAAAAAAUUGAGAAGCAAUAUGAGGAUUUUUAUAUGAGAGAACUUGAAGAAUUUGAAAAAAGAGUUGUGAAAAACAUAGUACAUGAAAUGAUAAAUAAUAUUGGAAAAAUGUAAAUGGUCGACAGCAUAUCGAUGUUUUAUAGAUGAUAAAAUGAGAAACACGAAAGCUCGCAUAGCCGUUAGCAUGGAACUUUUUUCUUGGAUCAAAAAUUGGAUUUAUAGAGUAAAAAGGCAAUAAGACACCAGCAAUUUUACUGUAUGCUGUUGGUGAAUAAAAUAUUUUACUUUGACUUUUUGACACAGUUACAAAAAAACAACCACACAGUGACAUACAACAAUCCCUUGCAAGUCUGGGGCAUGUAUGUGAAGUUAGCAGCCGGUUUGUUAUUCGUUAUUCGAUAUUCAAUAUCCAAUCGGCUGCUAGCAGCCAGUUUGAUAUUCAAAAUUUAGUGAAAAAAUUACAAGAAAUUGAAUACUUGAUAACAUAAAAAGCAUGAUUUUCAUAUUUAAAAAGACUGAUAAGAUACGUAGGAAAUCGUUAAAUGACCUUUUCAAGCUGUCGUAAUUUCUCGUCGUCCUCGAAUAUAAACCCUUUCCCAUGUAACAUAUUUGUCUUUAUGUAAUAUAGAGUUUUGUCAA